AGGUCCUUUAUUUAUCACUCGGAACGUAGCGGACUUUGACACAUUUAGAUAGGUAUACUCUUCCAAUCCGGAAAUAGAAUACGGUGGGUUAUAAUUGCGAAUUGUUUACAAAAACAGGCUUUGUGUGGAUGGUGUGUGGAGUUUAAACUUUUAACCCUUCAAAGAAACUAACUUUUGUCGGAGGGUGACUGUCAGGAGGAGGUAUGUUUUUGUCCAAACUGUUUGGGAGUUGUGGGAGACUCCUGUGGAGUGAGCCCGAGGCCCCAAGCGGGGGUUACGGCAUGGUCAACAAGGACGAUUCCACCAUGCUGAAUGAAUUCUCACCGGAGGAGGAACCCUUGUCCCCAGAAGACAUUGUAGUUGCUCAGCCCAUCUGGCUGGGUAGGACAGACAGUAUUGUGAAAAAUAAGUCUGCCUCUGAUCUGAACAAGUCCAGUUCUAUCUCAAACAGUAUUGGCAGUGUAUACCAGCCCACAACAACAUCGGGUAUACGAUCUAGUAAAUCAACAGAAAACGUUCAGUCGGUUUCAAGUUUUUCACAAAUUCUGAGAUCUUCAGGUAGUCCCAAAACUUCUGUGGUUCGCUCCAAUCCCAAAAAAGGACACUCUGUACACAUAUCUCAAUCAGCUUCUGUGUUUUCGAGUCCGAUCGUGAAAUCUACGGGAAGUUUGAAUCUACCCAAACAACCGGGCACUCGGAACACAUACAAAGUGUCUAAAAAACAGAAGUCGGAAGAAGUCAAACUUCAAAUUGUGUCUGUUGUCUGAGAUAUUUUUAACUUCCAAGUUUUUAAAUGAAACAUUGCUUAUAAAUGGUGCCAAAAUAUUUACGGUAGUUUGACUCUGUAGAAUGUGUGUUGCUUGAAAUUUUUAGAGAAAAUGUGUUCAAGUGAUCAAAGCUUUACUGGACGGUCAAAGUUUUUUUUUUAAAAAGAAAUGUUUCAGCACUGUAUUUUUAUUGUCAAGUUUUGUGAUUUUGCAAGGGUUUUUCCCUUUUUGAUAAAUAAUGAGGUUUUAACAUGGAAGCAGGAAACUUUUACUUAGAAUUUUAUCUUGUCAUGUAAUAUUUAAAUCCAAAGGUUUUUUUUUUUCAUUGAACCUGAACAAACUCAGACAUGCACAUUUUGCUUUCAGACAUACACAUUCUGUCUUGAUUUUCAAAUCAAAACUUUUGUACAAAGUUUGAUGAUGUUUUAGAGUGAUUAACCAGUUUUCUUACAAAAUGAGAUUUUGAGAGUAUUUUUAGUGCUGCUUUCUCUCUAGAUUUUAGUUUCAAGGGUUCAAUAGAUGACUGUAGAAAGAAUGCAGCUUUAGUUGUUGUAUACAAGUGAACAAUUUUAAGUGAAGUAGCUGAACGCUCUGUACAUGCAUUUAACAAAGUGAACCCAUUAUCAGAGGGAUUGUGCAGGUAUAAAACUAAUGAACACAGUUUGAAGUUGGAGUAUAUUUCAGUUUGCAUUACUCAUGUUUUAUUUUUACAGCCAUUAGAAGUUAUAUGUAAAAUGAAAGGAUAAUUUAGAGAAAAGAUUUUAUUUUUCAUUUUCCAUAAGAGAAUUCAUAGUUGCAAUAUUCCAUUCUAUUUUUUUGCGUCCCUUGUUAUAUCUUAGGAUCAUUAUUCAUACACCUUUUCAAAUAUUUGUAUUCAUGUCUUAAUAUUAAGUUUUUAUCAUGCAGAUUUUACUUGUGUCAAUUUUCUGAUUUUAGUGUUUUAAAAUGCAUUUUUUUUCCUCAAAAUUCACGCAAAAUAAGUUUCAUGUUUUUAAAAUGUUCAAUUUUAUAGUAUUAUACCAAAUAGAUGUAUUAUUGUUCAAUAAUAGUGCCAGUACUGCAUGUAAACCAAAAGUUUCUAUACCUAAGAAUUCAUACUCUGCCAAAGACUUUGUUUAAUCAAAGUAAUACAGGAGACACAUUAUCACUGUGCCUUAUCCUUAAGCAACGACAUUACAUUGAAAAGAGUUUUUACUUUAACACAAUAUUGACUGAAUACAGAAAAUAUUUUAUCUUUAUAAAAGAGAUGAAUAAAAGAUUCUUUUAAAAAAUC